AGAGGUAGGAGAUGACCGAUUGCUUUUGUUUUAAAACCCUUCGUUGGUAAACAAUAAUAGGAAAAAAACAGAUGUCUUUAAUAGUCACUAACGAAGGCACGAGAGCGUUGAACAAAUUAACUUUAAGAAGAUCAACGGUGCAAAUUUAAUGGGGUGAGUCCAAGUUGGGAAUGCUUAAGUACUGCUACCACUCACCCAAUUUUGUAAACUGGAACUCAUAAUUGAGUAAGGUGAAUACGUCUAUGCUGAAUGAUUAUUCUUUGUCACGAGUGAUGUGAUGCAGUGAACAUUAGAUGGCUGAAAGCAUUCAGACAUGUGUCUCGCUGUUUUCUUGAUCAUGCGAUAUUUAUCGCACCAUCACACUCAUUGCCAGGGAUGUUUUUGCCAAUGUGCCUACAUAAAAGUGGGUACAAAAAGACUGCACUGCCCUGCUCCCAUAGGCUGAAGAUGCCUCCUCGCAGCCUCGCAUUCAUUUUUGCGUGGGUGCAAUCUCUUGCCAGCAUCCUUGAAUUAACGGUUACCCAGCAUUGUCCCUCCUAGGAUUCAAAAGCUGGAAUGAACAAGGCACUAUUAACUGAAAGAAAGGAGAGGUAGAAACAAUAAGGGAAAAGGAUGAUCGGAGUGUCUAAACUCAUCAAAACUCUAUACCCAUUUCAGUUCCUGUCCUACUGCAGCCCCAUACAAUACACAGUUUCGUUCCUCUUCCUUGAAUCAUUAUCUCUUUCCAUAUCAAAAGUACACUACGUGCCUAUUCUGAGAUUUUCAUCUAUCUCCACCGCUCUCAACACAUUCGACAAAUUGCCGCAAAGAAGUACACCUUCUGAUACUACCCUCUUUUACCAUGCCUUCGAUCUUAUCAGAGGUUCAACUGAUAGACCCGACCUAUUAACUACUUUAAGCAACCAUUGUUUAGCCCUGAAGGUAGGGGCUCUGACGGAUGUGCUCACUUCCACAUCUCUCCUUAUUAAAUAUUCUAGAGUAGGUGACUUGAGCUCUUCCUGGGUUUUGUUCGAUGAAAUGUUAAACAAAGAUGUGAUAGCUUGGAAUGCAAUGCUCACUGCAUGUAAAGAUAAUCAGUGUUUCCAAGCUGCAGUAGAUAUUUUCACGGAGAUGAUGAAAGAGGGAAGUGAAUUUGAUUCCACUACUCUGCUGAUCAUCAUAUCAGCUUUGACCCAGAUGAAUGACAUGAAACUGGGUCGGGUUAUUCAGUGUUUAAGCUUGAAAUUUGGGAUGGAUUCAGACUUUUUUCUAAGUAAUGCUCUUAUAGAUAUGUAUGCAAAGUGUAGGGACUUAAGCUCUUCUGAGAUUGUGUUUGCAGCUAUGAAAUUUAGAGACACCACUUCCUGGAAUUCAAUGAUCCACGGAUGUCUUUGUAAUUUUCAUCAUAAAGAAUCACUACAGUAUUUCAGGGAAAUGGGUUGUUCUGGAGAAAGGGCAGAUUAUGUGAGUUUCUCAUGUGCUAUUUCUGCAUGCUCUUCUUUGGGAGAGUUAGGAGCAGGUCUUGUCAUUCAUGGAUUGGGGAUCAAAUUGGGUUACAGGGAGACUUCCAAUAUUUCUGUUGCAAAUUCUCUCAUCUCAUUCUAUUCACAUUGUGGAGACCUUGACGCUGCAGAGACGGUCUUCAGAGGAAUGAUCUUUAAAGAUGUCAUUUCAUGGAAUUCAAUGCUUGACGGGUUUGCAGAGAAUGGAAUGAUUCUGGAAGCUUUUGAUCUUCUGCGUGAGAUGCAGUUGAUAGGGGCUGUGCAACCUGAUUCGGUGACACUAGUUACUGCUAUUUCACUUUGUGCUGAGCUAAACCUGUUGCUGGAAGGAAGAGCUCUCCAUGCAUUCAUGAUUCGAAGAGAAAUGGGGUUGGAUUCUCUGGUGAUAAACAGCCUUAUGGACAUGUACUCAAAGUGCAACUGUGUAAAGUCAGCAGAGAUCUUGUUCAAGGCCAUCCCACGAAAAGAUUUGGUCUCGUGGAACACCUUGAUUGCUGGGUAUUGUAAGAAUGGGUGCAUGAGAGAAGCUCAGAAUCUGUUCAGGGGACUACUCUGUGUAGGUCCGCAAUGCAGCGUGGUGACUUUGUUGGCCAUUCUCCCCUCCUGUGAUUCUCCUGAUGCUCACAAGUUUGGGAAGUUGAUUCACUGUUUGCAACUGAAAUUGGGAUUUACAGAUGAUGUUUUGACCAUUAAUGCCAUAAUGUUUAUGUACUUUAGAUGUGGAAACUUGGCAGCUUCUUUUUCAUUGUUACAGAGUAUUUUAGUGGUAGCAGACCUGACUUCUUGGAACACUUUUAUUGUUAGCUGCACACAAAAUGGUAAUUUCUGGAAAUCUCUAGAAGUUUUCAGCCUGAUGCGGAGAGAAACCCAUAUAAGUCCCGACUCAAUCACUCUUGUUAGCAUCCUAUCAGCAUGUGGGAAUCUCAAUUUGCUAUUUUUAGGCAGGCUUCUACAUGGGCUCACUGUUAAAACUCCUAUUGGUUCACAAGUUAGAGUGAUGAAUGCAAUGUUAUCCAUGUAUAGUAGAUGCAGGGACAUUGAAAGUGCCAGCUUAGUUUUCAGUUCUUGUCCCUACCUUAAUCAAUGUUCUUGGGAUUGUAUGAUCUCGGGCCUUUCUCAGAAUAAAAAUGGUGAAAAAGCACUAGAAUUAUUCAGGUGUUUUGAAUUUGAACCAACCGAAAUUUCUAUUGUCAGUGUUCUCUCUGCUUGUAGUCAACUUGGAGCUCUAAGACAUGGGAGGCAAAUCCAUGGACUUGCAUUCCGUUUUAGAUACCACUGGAACUCUUUUGUGAGUGCAGCCCUUGUGGAUAUGUAUAGCAAAUGUGGAAGAUUGGAUAUUUCCAUUCGAAUAUUCCAAGAUUCACCAGAGAAAUCUGUUGCUUCCUGGAACUCGACGAUUGCUGCAUAUGGUUUCCACAGUAAGGGUAGGGAAGCGAUCAAACUUUUCCAUGAAAUGCACAAGUCAGGGACUAGAGCAACCAAGAGCACAUUCGUGAGUCUAUUAUCAGCCUGCAGCCACUCCGGGCUCAUUGAUGAAGGUUACUGGUACUACAACCAUAUGUUGGAUAAAUUUGGGGUGGAGCCUGCUACUGAGCAUCAUGUUUGUAUGGUUGAUAUGCUUGGUCGAGCUGGGAAACUCAAUGAGGCUUAUGAAUUCAUCAAACAAAUGCAAACAGUUCCUGCUUCAGGUGUCUGGGGUGCUUUGCUAAGUUCAUGCAACUAUCAUGGAGAUCUUGAGAUGGGGAAACAAGUAGCAGAACAUCUCUUCACCCUGGAACCUGAAAAUGUUGGGUACUAUGUUUCACUAUCAAAUAUGUACAUGGCUGCUGGAAGAUGGAAUGAUGCAAUGGAGGUCCGAAGAAUGAUCCAAGACAAAAGACUAAAGAAGCCAUCAGGCUUCAGUCUAAUUGAUGUAUGUUCAGGUUGAGAUCUAUUAACAAGCAUAGUCCAGGAAGCGAUGGUUUCUUGAUAAAAACAUCUAAACAACAAGAAGACUAUUCAAGUAUAGAUUUCCAGGUCUCAAUUUGCUGAGAAGAGGGCAAGACAAGAAAGUGCCAUCUUAGAGCUCGAAUUGAGGACUUGCAAGCGUGAAUCCUAGAUCCAAAGUCCAAUGGGUUCUCCUUUUCCUCUGGCCUAAGUGGACCUCAACGGCGAUGCAGUGACCAUUUAAUAAUUGGUGAAUAGAAGCAUUUUAAGGGAGUGAAGUAUGGAGUUGACGUUGGGUGCAGCUUCACUGUUGAUGCUUAAUGAUCAACUAUUGAUUGAUUUCCUGGGUUAACCCAAGGGAAGAUACCCCCAAUCCAACCCAGCCCGAGCUUAAAGCUGGUUCGUAAAACAGGAAGAGAAAAAUGAAUACCGAGGAAAGUGGAAGUACAAGUCAGGGUAAUGAAGGCUGUAGACAUAGGGGGCAGAGGAAAGGAACAUUGGCACAUGACAUUACAAACUUGCCCAAUGGACAGACAAUUCAUAUUGAAGUAAAUGAGCAUGAUAAAUCUUGCAGACCCAAGAAAGUGUUGCUAAAUUAAAUACCUGGAUUGGUACUCUGACAAGGAACCACCUACUGUUAACAGUAAAGUACCCUGAUUGGCGGCUUGUGCCAGAGCUAUACAAAGACGAUGUGUGGGAAAAAAAUAUAAAAGGCGAAAUUUGACCUUGGUGAUCAGAGCAAAGAUUGGGCAAUUGAUAAACUAAACGAUCGGUGGAGGGCUCACAAAUCGUAUUCGAAAUCCUUAUUUUUUGACUAGUGUGAAACAGAUUCAGAACAGCGGGCAAACAUCGAUCUUCAACGUAUGACAAUAGAGCAAUGGGAUGUGAUGUUUAAGAUGUGGGAUGGCGAAAAUUUUAAGUGAAAUGAGAGCCCGGAUCAUUUGCUGCCUUCCUGUGUUGAUAUGCUAUGGACCCCUUGUCAGCUGAGCGACUGGUUUGCAUAUUUUAACAUAUUAUAUCUGUUGUUGAUGUUUUGUUUACCUUUCAGUUUUCCUUUCAUUUCCACAUAGUAUUCCCUCAAAUUUUUGUUGUUCAAUUGAAGGUUGUCAAGGCGUCACCUAGGUGUCCAGGCAGCUCAGCCUGGAAUGGCACUUGGUUGCCUAGACAUUGCCUUGGAUUGUGUUUCGCGUUGACAACUAUCGUUCAAUGUCAGCUGCAAAAGGUUAUAAAAGAGCGCCUUAGUAGAGAAAGUGAAGAGAGACAGAAAGACCCUAAUAUUUUGGAAAAAGUUUUCACAAAUGUAAUGGGGUAGGAUUCUCAUGGGCGGGUCCACAUGUGGGGUGCUGGAGCAAUUUCAACAAAGAUGUUUGGCGCAGAGGCAAUGUUUGCCAAUCCGAGUACUCAAUAGAUUGCAGAUAUGAGAACGGAAAAUUCCCAGUUGAAAGUACAGGUCUCAGCGUGUUUGGAGAAGAUUUCUCAAUAAGAUCAAAGCUAGCUGUACGAGAUGGAAGGUUUGAGGCAUUGGAGGCCCAGAUGCUAGAGUUUACGCAACAAUUUACAAAUGAUACCCAGCGUUCCCGAUGAUAGGUAUAAAGUCAAAUUUAUAAUCUACUUAGUUGCUCCCCAUUUGGUUGUUGAAUUCUCAAGCUCUUUUGGCAGUUUUCUGCUAAACCCUCAUUCUGUUACAGCAGCACGUCUCUUUGUUUCUAUUCUCUCUAGUUAGUAAUUUUCAUUGCUUGUGUCUUGAACUUAUGCAAGAUAUGAUGCACCAAACUUUCGAUGUCUGAUUAUUGUAGUAGGUAGAUCCUACACUUGAUGUUUCCAUGUGUUCACCCCAUCGUAUCUUCUUUGUUUGAUGCUCUGUUUUCCAGCCAUCAAUGUAUUGUUUAAUAACCCUUCAAUUAGUAUUUCUGUCCAUAGGUUUUAUUUACUGGAUUGCUUGAGAUUUCGUUGUUGGAUCUGGUUAUAAAUAAUAUUGGUGAUCAAUCCCUGAUAUUACAGAUCUCAUUAAUCACUGAUUUCUGUUCCUGUGGCACCUCCAUUUGGGUGCUGAUCUGUUUAUCAGAGAAAGAAAAGACAAGGAAUUGCAAUGCCCUCCAUAGAGGAACACAAGACCAGGGUUGGAAGUAGAUCUGAUCUGCAGAACUGCCAUUAUACUAAAUCACCUGAAAUCUGUCUAUGUUGUAAACCAGACUUGAGAUAUCUUAACUACCUCUAAUCUGGCCUAUAUGGAACCUGAUUUUGGGAGUUUAGGUAUGUAUGUAAAGGGAUAAUUUUUCAUGUUCAUGUCAGCAUGGUAAGUAUUUCUUGAGUUGUAUUUUGUUGAA